AUGCCUUCUUUCUACAAGUUCGCUACGGCGGCUCUUGCUGUUGCUUCAGCUCAGGCUCAGACCUACAGCUCCUGCAACCCUCUUGACAAGACUUGCCCCGCUGAUAAGGGUUCUACUGAGUCGACUCUGAACUUCGACUUCACCCAGAACCUGGACCAGUGGUCUACUGUCGCCGGAACUGUUCCUACCGACUCUUCCAAUGGUGCUACUUUCACUCUCGCCAAGCAGGGUGAUGCUCCUACUAUUCAGACUGACUUCUAUAUCUGGUUCGGUGAUGUCUCUGUUACCAUGAAGGCGGCUCCCGGCACUGGUAUCGUGAGCAGCAUUGUUUUCGAGUCCGAUGAUUUGGAUGAAAUUGAUUGGGAGGCUCUUGGCGGUGACUCUACCACCAUCGAGACUAACUACUUUGGAAAGGGUGACACCUCCACCUACGACCGCGAUACCUGGCCCGGUGUCUCCGACCCUCAGGGCACAUGGCACACCUACAAGGUCUCCUGGCAAAAGGAUGCCACCACCUGGUACAUUGACGGCGCUGCCGUCCGUACCCUGAACUACGCUGAUGCCCAAGACGGUACCCGUUACCCCCAGACCCCCAUGCGUGUUCGCAUCGGUAUCUGGGCUGGUGGUGACCCAUCCAACGGCCAAGGCACAAUCGAGUGGGCCGGCGGCGAGACUGACUACAGCAAAGCUCCUUUCUCCAUGUACGUCAAGAACGUGGAGAUCAACAACGCCAACCCCGCCGAGUCAUACACCUACUCCGACACCUCCGGCUCAAUGGAUAGCAUCAAGCUCACUGGUGCUGGCGCUGUCAGCUCUUCAUCUUCUUCUGAGAGCCACACCAGCACCACCUCUGCUUCCUCCAAGUCUACUUCCACUGAGGAGGCUUCUACUUCUACCACCCACACCACCCACACCACCGAGGCUGCCUCUACCACUUCCAAGGCUUCUUCCACCAGCACCACUGAGGAGAGCUCCAUCUCCGCCUCGGAGACUACCUCCGGCAGCACCGCUACCUCCACUGGUUCCGGCUCUGGCUCCGGCUCAGGCUCCGGCAGCAGCAGCGCCGUUGCCUCCGGCUCUGCCACCCCUACCUCUAGUUCUGGCUCUGGCUCCGGCUCUGGCUCUGGCUCCGGCUCUGGCUCUGGCUCUGGCUCUUCCACCUCCGGCACUCCCGCUGGAUCCGCGUCUACCAGCUCUGCUACCCCCUUCAACGCUGCCGGCACCCUGGCAACCAGCUACUUCGCUCCUCUUUCCCUGUUGGCUCUCGUUGGAGCCUUCGUUCAGCUGUAA